AUGUUGUUCUAUGAUUCAGAUGAUUCAGAUGUUUCAGAUGAUUCAGAUGAUUCAGAUGAUUUAGAUGAUUCAGAUGAUUCAGAUGAUUCAGAUGAUUCAGAUGAUUCAGAUGAUUCAGAUGAUUCAGAUGAUUCAGAUGAUUCAGAUGAUUCAGAUGAUUCAGAUGAUUCAGAUGAUUCAGAUGAGUCAGAUGAUUCAGAUGAUUCAGAUGAUUCAGAUGAUUCAGAUGAUUCAGAUGAUUCAGAUGAUUCAGAUGAUUCAGAUGAUUCAGAUGAUUCAGAUGAUUCAGAUGAUUCAGAUGAUUCAGAUGAUUCAGAUGAUUCAGAUGAUUCAGAUGAUUCAGAAGAUUCAGAAGAUUCAGAUGAUUCAGAUGAUUCAGAUGAUUCAAAUGAUUCAGAUGAUUCAGAUGAUUCAGAUGAUUCAGAUGAUUCAGAUGAUUCAGAUGAUUCAGAUGAUUCAGAUGAUUCAGAUGAUUCAGAUGAUUCAGAUGAUUCAGAUGAGUCAGAUGAUUCAGAUGAUUCAGAUGAUUCAGAUGAUUCAGAUGAUUCAGAUGAUUCAGAUGAUUCAGGUGAUUCAGAUGAUUCAGAUGAUUCAGAUGAUUCAGAUGAUUCAGAUGAUUCAGAUGAUUCAGAUGAUUCAGAUGAUUCUGAUGACGUUAUUUUUAUUUUUGGAACGAAACAUCCAGAAACUGGAAGAUCAUAUUGA